AUGGAAUGUCUGGAUGAUGCAACAGUUGCUGUUCAAUUGGAACCCACUUUCAUCAAAGCUAUUAAGAAAGGUGGGGUUUUCAGACAUAAGCCAUCAACAUUUUAUUCUCUGAUUUCGUCAAAAGAGGAUUCUGUGGUUUGUGGCAGGUAACUGCACUCCAAGUGUCAAUUGUGUCUGGUGUGUCAAUGUCUGUUAUGUGGAUAUAAAGCAUAAGAAAAUGUCAAUAAGCUCUCAAAUACCGCUGCCUGGUUAGUUCACGUUGUAGAGCGCCGGAGGUCGAGGGUUCAAGCCUUGGACCGGACCAUCACCCUGAGUCUUAAAAUAUCUGAGGGCAAUGUGCUGCCGCCUAAGCUGUGACAUCUGCAAAUGGUUUGAUAUUCUUGUCACGGAUAUGGACGGAAAACUGUGAGCCCCGUUUCCUAAAUCUUCUCUGUAACUAUUAGCAGGGGACGUUACAAAACCCGAAAAAGAAGCACCUGAAAGAUUCCCUAUCAAGAGUUAAACUGCUCAAUGCAGUCUUCCCGAAAACUUCCCCGAAAAAUGCUGAAAAGUGCAUAACAGCACAUUAAAAGAAAGAAUGCGCGAGAUAAAUUCGUCGUUAUCAUCAUAAAUUGAAGCUUAAUUGGUAGCCGCUUUGUAUUAGUUCCUUAUUGUUAAUUUUGAGUUCUUCCACAAGUUCAAAUUUCCUUCAUUAUCACAAUUUUUGUUCCCAGCUAAAUGAAAAAUUAAGUCCAUUUUAUCAAUACGUUUAUACCUUAACAGUGAUAAAUUACCUCGCACCACCAGUUAUUCUCUCCUUUUCAGGAGCCAGAGCUUGUGUCGAACUUUGCUGGUAUAAAGAAGCAAGGAGCUGGUUGCAUAUGGGAUUGACCGUAUCCUUUAACGAAUGUUUCCAGCGUGAUACGAGAUGCAAUGCGAAUAAUAUUUCAAGAAUAAAAAAAUACGUUCUAGGCAGAUUCUUCUACAUAUAAUGCAAGCCAUGUUCUCUUAUACUGCACUGAGCAGUUUAAAGAAGCUAAAAUAUUAUUAAGGAGUUCUUUCGAUUGUUCGACGAAGCUUUACUUAAAAGAAGAGGCCAUAUUAACUAAUUCCCAGAGUUUCUGCUAAAUGCCCCUCGUUUUUGUCUUGAGACGAGCAUCACCAUUUCGACCGAAUCUAAAUUAAUAAAUGCGCUUCAGAACUAGCUAACACUCUCGAAUAACUUGAAAUCAAAUCUCUUCAAGAAAACCACACUCGAAUUAUCAUUCCAAUUUUAAGGUUUUAUCCAACACUCUCAUUAUUUUUAAAACAUAUUUCCAUUGUAUGUUCGCAAAUCCGCUCAUGAUAUAGUUACCCUUGACACGUUUUAAGAUUGACAACAAUAACGAACGUCUGCUUCAAUUAAAAAGGAAAUCGAAUACUGAACUAAAGGUCAAAGCAAACACUUAUGCUAGUCUCGGAUGUACUUACCAUAAUGCUGCACAGUUCGAUACAGCAAUCGAGUACCAUCAACUUCAUCUAGAAAUUGCUAAAGAACUGGAAGACAAGGCCAGAGAGGGAGCAAGUUAUGGCAAUCUCGGCAACGCUUAUCAAGGUCUAGGAGAGUUCAAAACAGCCAUCAAGUACCAUCAACGUCAUCUAGAAAUUGCUAAAGAAGUGGGAGACAAGGCCAGAGAGGGAGCAAGUUAUGGAAAUCUCGGCAACGCUUAUGACAGUCUAGGAGAGUUCAAAACAGCCAUCAAGUACCAUCAACAAUGUCUAGAAAUUGCUAAAGAAGUGGGAGACAAGGCCGGAGAGGGAAAAAGUUAUUGCAAUCUCGGCAACGCUUAUCAAGUCUAGGAGAGUUCAAAACAGCCAUCAAGUACCAUCAACGUCAUCUAGAAAUUGCUAAAGAAGUGGGAGACAAGGCCGGAGAGGGAAGAAGUUAUUGCAAUCUCGGCAACGCUUAUCAAGGUCUAGGAGAGUUCAAAACAGCCAUCAAGUACCAUCAACGUCAUCUAGAAAUUGCUAAAGAAGUGGGAGACAAGGCCGGAGAGGGAAGAAGUUAUGGCAAUCUCGGCAACGCUUAUCAAGGUCUAGGAGAGUUCAAAACAGCCAUCAAGUACCAUCAACGUCAUCUAGAAAUUGCUAAAGAAGUGGGAGACAAGGCCGGAGAGGGAAAAAGUUAUGGCAGUCUCGGCAACGCUUAUCAAGGUCUAGGAGAGUUCAAAACAGCCAUCAAGUACCAUCAACGUCAUCUAGAAAUUGCUAAAGAAGUGGGAGACAAGGCCGGAGAGGGAAAAAGUUAUGGCAAUCUCGGCAACGCUUAUCAAGGUCUAGGAGAGUUCAAAACAGCCAUCAAGUACCAUCAACGUCAUCUAGAAAUUGCUAAAGAAGUGGGAGACAAGGCCGGAGAGGGAAAAAGUUAUUGCAAUCUCGGCAACGCUUAUGACAGUCUAGGAGAGUUCAAAACAGCCAUCAAGUACCAUCAACGUCAUCUAGAAAUUGCUAAAGAAGUGGGAGACAAGGCCGGAGAGGGAAAAGUUAUGGCAAUCUCGGCAACGCUUAUCAAGGUCUAGGAGAGUUCAAAACAGCCAUCAAGUACCAUCAACGUCAUCUAGAAAUUGCUAAAGAAGUGGGAGACAAGGCCGGAGAGGGAAAAAGUUAUGGCAAUCUCGGCAACGCUUAUCAAGGUCUAGGAGAGUUCAAAACAGCCAUCAAGUACCAUCAACGUCAUCUAGAAAUUGCUAAAGAAGUGGGAGACAAGGCCGGAGAGGGAGAAAGUUAUUGCAAUCUCGGCAACGCUUAUCAAGUCUAGGAGAGUUCAAAACAGCCAUCAAGUACCAUCAACGUCAUCUAGAAAUUGCUAAAGAAGUGGGAGACAAGGCCGGAGAGGGAAAAAGUUAUUGCAAUCUCGGCAACGCUUAUCAAGGUCUAGGAGAGUUCAAAACAGCCAUCAAGUACCAUCAACGUGAUCUAGAAAUUGCUAAAGAAGUGGGAGACAAGGCCGGAGAGGGAAAAAGUUAUUGCAAUCUCGGCAACGCUUAUCGCAGUCUAGGAGAGUUCAAAACAGCCAUCAAGUACCAUCAACGUCAUCUAGAAAUUGCUAAAGAAGUGGGAGACAAGGCCGGAGAGGGAAAAAGUUAUGGCAAUCUCGGCAACGCUUAUCAAGGUCUAGGAGAGUUCAAAACAGCCAUCAAGUACCAUCAACGUCAUCUAGAAAUUGCUAAAGAAGUGGGAGACAAGGCCGGAGAGGGAAAAGUUAUGGCAGUCUCGGCAACGCUUAUCGCAGUCUAGGAGAGUUCAAAACAGCCAUCAAGUACCAUCAACGUCAUCUAGAAAUUGCUAAAGAAGUGGGAGACAAGGCCGGAGAGGGAAAAAGUUAUGGCAAUCUCGGCAACGCUUAUCAAGGUCUAGGAGAGUUCAAAACAGCCAUCAAGUACCAUCAACGUCAUCUAGAAAUUGCUAAAGAAGUGGGAGACAAGGCCGGAGAGGGAGAAAGUUAUGGCAAUCUCGGCAACGCUUAUCAAGGUCUAGGAGAGUUCAAAACAGCCAUCAAGUACCAUCAACGUCAUCUAGAAAUUGCUAAAGAAGUGGGAGACAAGGCCGGAGGGAAAAAAGUUAGGUCUAGCAGUCUCAGCCAUCAAGUACCAUCAACGUCAUCUAAAAUUGCUUAUCGGAGAGGUCUAGGAGAGUUCAAAACAGGAGAGUUCAAAACAGCCAUCAAGUACCAUCAACGUGAUCUAGAAAUUGCUAAAGAAGUGGGAGACAAGGCCGGAGAGGGAAAAGUUAUUGCAAUCUCGGCAACGCUUAUCAAGGUCUAGGAGAGUUCAAAACAGCCAUCAAGUACCAUCAACGUGAUCUAGAAAUUGCUAAAGAAGUGGGAGACAAGGCCGGAGAGGGAAAAAGUUAUUGCAAUCUCGGCAACGCUUAUCAAGGUCUAGGAGAGUUCAAAACAGCCAUCAAGUACCAUCAACGUCAUCUAGAAAUUGCUAAAGAAGUGGGAGACAAGGCCGGAGAGGGAAGAAGUUAUGGCAAUCUCGGCAACGCUUAUUGCAGGCUAAGAAAGUUCAAAACAGCCAUCGAGUACCAUCAACAAUGUCUAGAAAUUGCUAAAGAAGUGGGAGACAAGGCCGGAGAGGGAGCAAGUUAUGGCAAUCUCGGCAACGAUUAUCAAGUUCUACGACAGUUCAAAACAGCAAUGGAUUACUAUCAACGCACUCUAGAAAUCGCUCAAGAAGUGGGAGACAAGGCCGUAGAGGGAAAAAGUUAUGGCAAUCUCGGCAACGCUUAUCGCAGUCUAGGAGAGUUCAAAACAGCCAUCAAGUACCAUCAACGUCAUCUAGAAAUUGCUAAAGAAGUGGGAGACAAGCCUGGAGUGGCGUGCUCACUCUGUUCCCUUGGAAACCAUUUUGAGUGCCAAGGAAAUCUCAUGAUGGCCUUUGACUAUUAUUACUCAAGUGUAGAAUUGUAUGAUGAUAUCAGGGCCAGUCUUCAACUCAACGAUCAGUGGAAGAUUACUUAUCGUAAUCUUUACCAAAUAGCAUACAAAGGUUUGUGGCGUAUAAAUCUCAAACGAGGUCAAGCUCUAAAGGCUCUUCUUGCCACAGAGAAAGGACGUGCUCAAGCUCUGAGAGAUCUCAUGACCACAAAAUAUCAGCCUGGAGAUUCUUUAACGGAAGGCGCAUCCCACAUUUCUCUGAGGUGCGUUACAUUGAGUACAGUUUUCAUAGCUAUUAAUGGACCAUGCGUUUACUUCUGGGUUUGCCUCAGUGAAGAUAACAUCCAGAUGAAAAAGGUACACGUCAACGAUUAUAAGUUUGAGGAUGAAUUGGAACGUUUCAUCCAGCUGCUGAACGAAACUACUCUGAAGGAGAUCCGUGAAAGAGAUACUGUUAAAAUCGAAAAUCUUCCUCCUCAUUCGCCGACAGAAGAGGAAAAGGCCAAUGAUGUGAUCCGAGUUGAUGUGAGGCACUCCCAAUCAAGUGCUUUAAAGAAGCUGCAUGACAUUAUCGUUGCUCCUAUUGCUGACCUGAUCGAAGGCAACGAGAUAACAUUCGUUCCUGAGGGGCCAUUUUGCCUUGUACCUUAUGCAGCGUUGCUGGACUCCAAGUCAUCAUAUCUGAGUGAUUCUUGCACAAUUCGUGUGCUUCCCUCUCUGACGACGUUGCAACUAAUUCAUGAUUGUCCAGCUGACUUUCACAUCAAGACUGGUGCAUUGCUUGUCGGCGACCCAUGUUUCAAAGAUAUCAUCUAUCAGGGAAGACGUUUGGAACAACUUCCAGGAGCAAGGGAAGAAGUGGAAAUGAUCGGACGUAUCCUCAAUGUUCCCCCCUCACUGGAGAAAUGGCAACAAAACAUGAAGUUUUAA